AUGUCGGCAAAUAAGGGAGACGCUCGACUACGACGAUGUUAUCACUCGCCCUACCGGCUGUACAGCGGAGGGCGCGGGUCGUUGGGCAGCAGGGCGCGCUGGGCGCUGGGCAGCAGGGCGCGCUGGCGCGAUGGGCAGCAGGGCGAGCUGGCGCGCUGGGCAGCAGGGCGAGCUGGCGCGCUGGGCAGCGGGGCGCGCUGGCGCGCUGGGCAGCGGGGCACGUUGGCGCGCUGGGCAGCGGGGCGAGCUGGCGCGCUGGCGCGCUGGGCAGCGGGGCGCGCUGGCGCGCUGGGCAGCGGGGCGCGCUGGCGCGUCGGGCAGCGGGGCGCGCUGGGCAGCGGGGCGCGCUGGCGCGUCGGGCAGCGGGGCGCGCUGGCGCGUCGGGCAGCGGGGCGCGCUGGCGCGUCGGGAAGCGGGGCGCGCUGGCGCGCUGGGCAGCGGGGUGCGCUGGCGCGUUGGGCAGUGGGACGCGUUGGCGCGCUGGGCAGCGGGGCGCGCUGGCGUGCUGGGUAG